GUGUUGUAAAACGUUUGUCAAUUUUAUCAUUAUAAGAUGGCUAAGUUUUUUUUUAUAUGAGUAAAGUAAAUUUUUCCCAUGACUCAUGAAGAGUACCGGGGCUGGAGUGCUGCCAAAAUUUGAUAUAGAACGAGGCAAAAAGCGAGUUACGAGGAUGGUUGUUGUGGUUGUUUUAGCGUUUGCUAUUUGCUGGUGUCCUAUUCAGGUCAUUCUCGUUUUGAAAUCGUUUGAAGUGUACGAGGUAACUCAUAGCAGCAUCAUCACGCAGAUAGUGGCGCAUGUGCUAGCCUACACAAACUCCUGUAUCAAUCCCGUAUUAUACGCUUUUCUUUCAGAUAAUUUUCGGAAAGCAUUCCGCAAGGUGGUAUGGUGUGGAGCACCACCAUCAUCGUUGCUGAGAAUUCCACAAGGUCCCCGAACUGGAGAAACAAAAACCACACGCACCGGAAAUGGCACUUCAAAUGCGGAUGUUUUGUGAGUGGAGGUUGACGAUAGCAAAGUUGCUGAGAAAUACCUAGAAAUAACGAGUGUAUAAGAGAUGAUCAGCUCCAUUGCUAUGACAGACAUUGUCCAUAUAAAUCUUGAAUUUUUGCAUCAGAGCAAACCUUACCACCUCUCUAUCAUGGAUUAAAUUUCCAAUUUAUCGGGAAAUAUAAAUAGUCGAGCUUGAUAAUACGAAUCAGUUUCAAUUGGGUCCUAAAAUUAAGCUUAAAUGUGUGAUAUUAUUUAUCACAGCGAUAAAGCCUAUUUGUCAAUCAUUUCAUUUAAUCGUGUUUUCUACCAUUGUACAAAAUUGAAAAAUUGACACAAAGCUUUGAGGCCCUAUUGAACGAUUUGACAAGGAACUGAAAAAAAUCAUAAAUAUGUAUUUUUAUUUACCGUUAAUUGGAAAAAAAAGUGCAAUACUACAAUUUUUCAGUGAAUCAUGCACACUCCUUCACACAAAAAUAAUAUUUCCGAAUGUUACAUCAUUUAUGAUGUAACACUUUUGCACAUUUAAAUCUAAAUGCAAUUUGAUGUAAAUUUGCCACAAAUUAUACGUAAAAACAUGAUUUACGUGAGAUUCAACCGUUUACGUUGAAUCUGAAGUUUACAUCAACUGAGUUUACAUGUGAUUAAUCUUUUCCGUGCCGAGUAAGUUGACUUUUUUUUCUGUGUGGGCAAUUCUUCAGAAUAUCGAUUAUUUAUUGUAAUUUUGUCAGCCUAAAUUUUGUGAGGGCUAUUAUUUUGUCCAAAGAAGCCAUUUUGAAUCAAUGGUUUGUGCAUACAAGUUUCAAUACAAUUUUAACUACAAAAAAAGAUAAGUUCAUAUAUUUUUCGAUCAUUUAGAAACUCUUUUUUUGUAUGAGCAUUUGUGGAUUUUUUGUCUUAGGAAAUGUCCUUACAAAGUUUCAGUUAAAUAAAAACAUACAUAACUUAAAAUGUCCAGAAAAGGGUGAAUUCAGGGGGAUUUGCUCACAUGAGGAAAUUAACACAAGGUGUGAUUGUGACAAACUGAAUGUGGCACAUUGUAUUUUUGAAAAAGAAGAUUGCAGUUUUGUAUAUAGGGAGAUAAAAUCCAACUGAAGGUUAUUUAAAUCUAAAAAUAAAUGAAUGUCAUGUCAUGUUUUGGUUUUGGUCUAUUAAAUAUUAAAGUAAUGAACAAGUGCGAUUUAUAUAGUUGUAUUUCCUAUACACAGCAAAAAAUCCGAUGGUAAAAUCGCAUGCAAAAGCAUGCACAUCACCUUUGUGAACAAAAGCAUGUAAUAUUGUAUGAUAAAACGUGUACGCAAAAAGCAUGUACAAAAGAAA